AUGAUUGUCCCCUAUCAUCUUCUUCAGGCCUCGGGCAGCGUAAUUUUUGCUGCCCAGGAGGUUGAUAUUCUCUCCUUCAACACCUCUAUGGAGCACCUCUCAACCUGGAAGUAUCCAGUGAAGGCCACUGAGACCCCAAGUGAACUUGCUGCCGAUGCUGAAGCCUCUGCCACUGUUGAGGCCCCUCCAACGCCAGAAGGUCCCCCGACCAAGCGUAGGAGAACAGAGAAUGAUGAAAAGGAGGCCCAGGCUGGCGAUGCCGGCACCCCCAACUCAACCAACGGUCAAAAGAAGGGCAGGUUUCACAACAAGCCACAACCCGUCAACCUAUCGAACGAGAAGCCUUUCAUCAACUGCCUCCUCGCCACUGCCAAUGGCAGUCAUGUAAUCGCCGCUACUGGCUCCGACAAGACGAUCUGGGUAUUCGAGCACGAUGGUUCCGGGAAUCUCAAGCAACUCAGCCAGAGAGCCAUGCCAAAACGCCCCUGCUCCCUCACCCUCACCACCGACCAAAAAACAAUCCUCUCCGCCGACAAAUUCGGAGACGUCUACGCCCUCCCCCUCCUCCCAUCCGCAGAACCCACCCUCCCCCCAACAGUCCAAUCACUCCCCUCACGCAGCGCCACCCCUGCCUCGGCACCUAUCCCCUUCAAGCCCCAAGCCAACGACAAGACAGUCCACACCAAGCGCAACCUCAAGGCUCUCGAGAACCAAAAGAUUUCCAUGGAACUCUCCCUCAAAGCCGCCGCCGAGAAAUCCGCCGAGGAAUCCCAACCGGCGUUUGAGCACACCUUGCUGUUGGGUCAUGUCUCUAUGCUCACAGCCAUCACCGUCGCCCCUGGAAUCGGCGCGACAGGCGAGAAAAGAGAAUGGAUCAUCACCGCCGACAGAGACGAGCACGUCCGUGUCUCGCGGGGGAUUCCCCAGGCUUAUUUCAUUGAGGGGUUCUGCCUUGGGCACGAGGAUUUUGUCAGCAGGUUAUGUGUCGUCCCCGGCCGGGAAGAGCUGCUUGUUUCGGGUGGUGGGGAUGAUGAUGUUUUUCUAUGGAGGUGGAAGGAGAAGCAGUUGCUUGGGAGGGCGAAUAUUCUUGAAGAGAUCAAGAAUACUAUUGAGCCUGAGCUGACAAAGGUUGCUGUUUCGAGACUGAAGGGGCUUUCUCUUGCCUCUGGGGAAACAGUGGUAGCUGUCAUCUGCGAGAAGUAUGUCCCCCUUUUGAUUGCACAUCAUACUUUUAGAAAUGCUAACGAUAUAGCAAGGUGUCCCGCUAGACGUCGAGCUUCUACCCAACGACAACCUCCUCAGACAGAGCUCAACGGGGAGGAGAUGCAAAAGUUGCUGUAUACUACCGAGUCGCUGAGGAAGAUGAGCGAUUUUGAUUGA